AAUGAGCUGAUCGAGUGUGGCGCCAACGUGAACCAGGUGUACGAGAAGGGUUUCGCCCCACUCCACUUCACGGCCGCCUCGCGCCAUGGGGCGCUCUGCCUGGAGCUGCUGGUGGGCAACGGGGCCCUCGUCAACAUCAAGAGUAAAGAUGGAAAGACCCCCCUCCACAUGACGGCCAUCCACGGACGCUUCUCCAGAUCUCAAGCCAUCAUCCAGAAUGGUGCUGAGAUCGACUGUGAAGAAAAUAAUGGAAACACACCCCUGCACAUCUCUGCUCGCUACGGCCACGAGUUACUCAUCAAUACACUCAUCACGAACGGAGCUGACACAGCCAAGCGAGGCGUCCAUGGGAUGUUCCGCCUCCACCUGUCUGCUCUCAGUGGGUUCUCUGACUGCUGUCGGAAGCUCCUCUCAUCAGGCUUUGAUAUAGACACCCCUGACGACUUUGGAAGGACCUGUUUACAUGCUGCAGCAGCUGUUGGGAACCUGGACUGUCUGAAUCUGCUGCUCAACACAGGGGCAGACUUCAACAGAAAGGACAGCUUCGGAAGGAGUCCUCUGCAUUAUGCGGCAGCCAAUUGUAACUACCAGUGUCUGUUUGCCUUGGUGGGGUCUGGGGCCAGUGUGAACGAUCUGGAUAAAAGGGGUUGCACCCCGCUCCACUAUGCUGCUGCCUCCGACACAGACGGAAAGUGUCUGGAAUAUUUGCUGCGAAACGACGCUAACCCAGGGAUCAGGGACAAUCAGGGCUACAACGCAGUCCAUUACGCGUCUGCGUACGGACACCGCCUCUGUCUGGAGCUGAUUGCAAGUGAAACACCUUUAGAUGUGCUAAUGGAAACCUCAGGGACAGACAUCCUGAACGACUCUGAUGUCAGAGCUCCCAUCAGCCCCCUACACUUAGCUGCGUACCACGGCCACCACCAUGCUAUGGAGGUCCUGGUUCAGUCUCUGCUGGAUCUAGACGUGAGGAACAGCCAGGGCGCACCCCUCUGGACCUGA